AUGCGAAAUCCAAUCACCGUUGGGCACGCAUCUAUGUGGUUAGGAUUGCCGCCUUCCACGUCUCAGACGCCCAAGCGGCAGGUUCGGGUUCAAUGUAAGUUACUCUUGUCUAAUGACCUUCUAGUCCCGAUGGAUGCACAUCCCAUCUCUUUUGUCUUUGUACAACCCAACAAUUUUUUACCGGUUAUAUCAGAAGAGAUAGAGCGUCCAGAUGUCUCCGACAGUGAGAUAAGCAGUUCUCAUGAGUUUAGAAUUCGAGCAUCGCCUGUCUUGGGAUCUAUUGACAUCUUGAGAACACGAACAUUUCGUUUGAGAAUUUGCGACAAAGUUUGGCGGAGAGCAAAAGAGUAG